AUGACGCGCAGCCGCCCCACCGGGUCCAUCUUCACCGCCGACGUGGGAGGCCGGGCGGCGGGCAGCACCGGCCGCGGCCCGCUCGGCGCCGCGGCGGGGCCCGGCUGCGGCGAACUCCCGGUUCCAGGCAGCACAGGCUUAAGGCUGGGCCUCGACGCCGCACGCGCCGCGCUGGCGCAGCGGUGCGGCACCGCCGACGCCGCGCUGGCGCUGGUGGACGCCAUCCAGGGGCUCUCCGAGGGCCUCGACGUCGGGGCCCACCCUCGGCUCUGCCUCCCCAGCCAGGAGCGCCAGGCCCUCCUGCGGGCCCUCACGGGGGCGCUGCGGGCGCGGGAGGAGCUGCGCGGGGCCGUGCUGGCGCACGAGCAGCUGGCCGCCUGCGCCGAGGAGCCCGCGGACGCGCCCGCCGUGGCGAGCCUUCGCGACCGCGCCGGGCGGGCGGCGGCGGCGCCCGCCGCGUGGCUGGCCCUGGCGGCCGACGGCGGGUCGGCGGGGCGCCUCGCCCCGGGCCCAGGCGAGCGGCAGGUGGGCGCGCUCGCGGCGCUCAACGCGGAGCUCUGGGGCCGGUAUUUCCAGGCGUGGCUGGCGGCGGCCGACGAGCGCCGCGACCUCUGGCGCGCGACCCGCCGCGACGCCGCCUCGAGGUUGUUGGGAACGCGCUCGCGGGCGAUUGCGCUGAGGCAGCUGCUCAAGGCAUUGCCCUUCACGUCCGAGCAUGCAAUACCGCGCGACCUCCCGAGGGACGAGCUGGUCAGAGAUACCGCCAGAGAGCGCACGGGCACGUUUCUCUCGGCCACCGACGCGGGCGUGUGCAAGGUUCGCUUCGGCGAUCACGUCGAGCUGAUGCCUGCGGGGCGGCUGGUUUGGCGGCGCUCGGGUCCGCACCCCUUCGUCGGUGGCCUCUGCCUGCUCGCCUGGGCCCUGGCCACGCGCCAGCGGGGCGAGCGCCACCUGGCGCAGCUGCGCCAGAGGAUGCUGACGGGCGGCGGCAGCGGUGCCCGCCCCCUGGCGCGGCUGGCGGCCGCCUCGGAGGACGCGGCCGUGGGGCGCCGCGUCUUCUUCGAGGCCUGGGCCGCGGCCUGCAGAGCCGCACGGGCCUCGCAGCGUGCCGUGCUGGCGGAGGCCUGGGCCGCGUGGCGCGGGGCGCUGGCGCAGGCGCGCCACGCGGCGGCGAAGGCGCACUUCGAGGGCAUGACGCGGGAGUUCGGGGCCGCGCGCCUGGCCGUGGCGCGCCAGACCCGCCGCCACGAGCUCCUCGAGAGGAAGCUGGCCGAGAUCGGCAGCCUGCAGGGCCAGUUCUGGAGCAGCUGGGUCCUCCAGGAGGGCGUGCGCACCGCGCUGUGGCUGGUCCGGGAGACCUCCAGCGGCCCGCGCCUCGCGCUGUGCUUCCGGGCCUGGGCCGCGGCGCGGCGGCAGGAGCGCGGCCGGAGGCGGUUCCUGGCGAGGAACAUGGCCCAGGCCCAGAAGUCCACGGCCAGCAGGCACUUCCUCGAGUGGAAGGUGCUCGUGCGGCUGGAGCGGCAGCAGAGCGCGGAGCGGGCCCUGCGCGCCCGGGACGGGGAGUUCCGGCAGCGCGAGGUGGAGCUGUCGCGGGUGCGCGGGAUGCUGGGCGAGGGCCCGCGGCUGCUGGCCGCCGCGGUCGGCAGGGUGGAGCAGCUGGAGGCCUCCCUGCAGGCCGCCGAGCGGGCGAUCGAGCAUGGGGCCCGGCACGCGCAGGGGCUCGAGCGGCAGGCCGCCCGGCUGGAGAGGGAGUCCGCCACGCCCGCGGCACUGGCCGAGGAGCGCGGCCUCUUGGCCGCGGCCUCGCGCGAGCGCGACGAGGCGAGGCAGGAAGAGGGCGGCCUCCGCGAGGAGCUCGCUCGGGAGCGAGCGCGCCUCGGCGAGCUGCUGCGGGAGCUGCAGCAGGAGCGCGAGCAGAGGCGGGCGCUCGCCCAGCGCCAGGAGGAGGAGGCCAGGGAGCGCCGGAGGGAGCAGGCCACCAGCGGGCCCCUGCGUCGCCAGCCGCGCGUGGAGCUGUGA